UUCUGCGAGCGCGGGCGCCUCCCCCUGCCCUGCGGCCCCCCUCCCUUGUUUUCCGUUAGGAAUACGGGCGAGAAAAUAAAUGUAUUCACUGGGUGUCGCAAGAGCAAAGGCUAAAUAAGCAAAGGUAACGGCGGCAGCAAGGCGAAGAGAGAACCGCACCGUAUCCUGCUCCCCCGCGCCCAGACCUGCCCUCCUAUUUAUUGGUGAGAUCUGCCUCCCUCCCUGUCCGUGGUGCGGGUGUUUAAUCCCGGGAAAAGUGCAGCCCUCCAGCCAUGGUGGUUUUCAAUGGCUUGCUGAAGAUCAAGAUCUGCGAGGCGGUGAAUCUGAAGCCCACGGCGUGGUCGCUGAGACAUGCGGUGGGUCCCAAGCCACAGACCUUUUUGCUGGACCCUUACAUAGCCCUCAACGUGGACGACUCGCGCAUCGGGCAGACCUCAACCAAGCAAAAGACCAACAGUCCCGCCUGGAAUGAUGAAUUUGUCACCGACGUUUGCAACGGCAGGAAGAUAGAGAUGGCUGUUUUCCACGAUGCCCCCAUCGGGUAUGAUGAUUUUGUAGCUAACUGCACUAUACAGUUUGAGGACUUGCUGCAGAAUGGGAGCCGCCACUUCGAGGACUGGAUUGACUUGGAGCCAGAAGGGAGAGUAUAUGUCAUCAUAGACCUUUCAGGAUCAUCAGGUGAAG